AUGAUGGAGCAUUAUAAUCACAAACGAGCUGGUCUUGGGCUUGAAGUAAUUGGUGACACUCGUUUUGGUACUAUUUAUUGGGCAGCACUAUCAAUAAAAUGUGGAUUGCCAGCAUUUCAGGCUGUCCUUGAAGAUACUGAUCUUGGAAUUGAUAUGGCGGCCAAUCCAAUCGCGAUAGAUCUCAUCCUGAAUAAUCGGCAAAGCAAGGACAACAUAGUUACAUGUGCAUCAAAACCUCCCCCUGAUAUGUCGAAGCGAGCAGCUCUUGGCAUUCAAAAGAUUUUGCAGCGGAAAUAUGGUAAUGUUCACGACACAGCCAAAUAUACUGACCCAAAAGCUGAGAUGCAACGUCGAAACUCCGCACUCGCACAUCUGGGUCUGGCUGAAGCACUUCAUAAUCAGUUCGAGGCUUAUUUCCGUGCUUAG